AUGGGGCAACUGAUGGAGACUCUCCAAGCUGUGGCCAGGGGCCAAGAAGUCAUCACUAGGAGUCAUGAGGAACUCCGCUUGGCCAACCAGAGAGUUGCCGCUAAUACUCCUAUACCUCCACCUGGCAACCCUCCAGUCCAGAUCCCUAUGGGACCACCAGGAGGUGCACCCCCGCUUGGAGGAGGGGGUCCAGUGAACCCAAGUCCUGUCGUUCCCCCCGGUUUCGAGGUGGACGAGCAAAAUGAUGCCUUCUACAACCCCAGGGAAGAAUCAGUCUAUGAUGCUUUUGGACCAACCAGUGCUGAAAUUGACAGAAAGUUUCGGGCCAUAGAGGAGAAAAUGAAGGCCAUGGAGGGACCCAGUACCUUCGGCUUGGAUGCUGCUGAAAUGUGUUUGGUGCCGGACGUGCAAAUACCCGCCAAAUUCAAGGUGCCUACCUUCGAAAAGUAUCAAGGGGUCACCUGUCCCAGGACGCACAUCCGAGCAUACUGUAGGAAGAUGGCUGCGUACUCAAGAGAUGAAAAGCUACUCAUGCAUUUCUUCCAAGACAGCCUAAGUGGGGCUUCAUUGGAAUGGUACAUACAACUGGAGAGUACAACCAUCCGGACAUGGAAGGAUCUGGCUGAGGCAUUCUUAAAACACUACCAGUACAACACGGAUAUGGCUCCGAAUCGGACCCAACUCCAAAGCUUAACACAGAAAUCUGAGGAAUCUUUCAAGGAAUACGCCCAGCGUUGA